UAUGAUUCCAUCUUGCCUACUAUUCUUGAAAUCCCCAGUAAAGAAUAUCCAUAUGAAGCAAAGAAGGUAUUAAAUUAUAUUACAAUAUAAGGAUACAAUUAUUCAAAGAGCUCAUAGAUUAUUGUAUGGUACAGAUAUAUAAUGAAAUAUAAUAAGUAAUAUAAUAUAAAAAGCAUAAUAAAUUUAUGUUUCCAAUAAAUUUUAAUAAAUAAUAAUUAAUUCUUUUGAAUUAAACAUUCUCCAAUUUCAAAUUGUUCUUUAGAUGA